AUGGUUUUCGACUUCAAAAAUACUCCCCCUUAUCAAUUCUAUCAACUUGAGAAAUUAAAACUUCCUAGCUCACCUGAAUUAUAUACCAAUCUCGAAGAAACCAUAGAAAAUCUUGCAAGUUUUAAGGGAAAGUGCUCAAUUUAUACUUUUAUGCUGUCAAGUUUGGCUGGAGAAGCAGAUAUAGCAAAACCUUAUAUAUACCAUGAUUAUAUCCACUUGUUUAAGCCAACCAUUGCUUUUAAAAAUUGA